CUUCUCAUCAAUCAAUUUCAGUUCUGAUUUUCCAAGUCUGCUGCUCAAGUGGGAACUCAUCGAACAAGCACACAUCAAACGACCAUCGUGUUGCCAACAACGAAAUCGUAUCACCAUUGUUGUAGCUUCUAUUAGAUUACAUUGCAAACUUUAGAAAAAUACCAAACACAACAAUGAAAUACUCGGCAGCAGCAUUCACACUAUUCGCGGCUAGCGCAACUGCGUUCUCGCCUGCUUCUGGACCCAACACCAGGUACGAUGAUGACUGGAAAACGCACAUCAUCGGCGACGACUACGACGAAUUUUACUACGUAGUUGCACGCCCCGUCUGUCCAUGUUUCGUUCAAAUACGUCAGUCCCCCGUAGAAAAUAUACCAGAAAAUUCGAUUCUCAUCUCACCUGUUGUUUCUUCUUUACCCAUCACCUUACGUAAUGCCUUUCCUCUUUGGUUCCUGUUUGACCAUGGCGGUCCUUAUGGUCUGAUUUACAAAUACGACUACCCGCUCCAACUUAUCAACGAAUGGAAAAUCGUUUAUACACGUAAUGCUUGGUCACGCAACAAUCAUGUUACGGAAACUCGGAUGCAAAUGAAACACAUUCAUCAGAACCGCUUUGAACACUGCUACGCUUGAAGCCCCUACGGAAGAAACGAAAGCUGUUGCUCAGCCUACCCGUUUCGACCGCUUGAAGAAGAACUACAAGGGAUUCAAGCGAAGCGUUGAAGAAGAAGACAUGGACAGUCUCUCGUUUGACUACGAUGCAUUCGAAGCCGCCGUUGCCGAAACUUCUUAUUCCUUCGAACGAAACUCCAUCGUUAAGGGACAGUGCAUUCAAUACGAGCCAAAGGGGGUCAUUGUUGAUAUUGGUGCCAAAGCUUCUGCCUUUUUACCAGAAGCCGAAGCCGCUCUCAUCCAGCCGGUUGGAUCCACCGUCAACGACUUGGUCAAUCUGAACGAAGAACUUGACUUCCAAAUCAUUUCCGAUGAAGACGAGAACGGACAGCUCUUGGUCUCCAUCCGAAGAAUCCAAUACCGAUCGGCAUGGGAAACCAUCUUGAAGAUGCAAGCCGAAGAUGCCAUCCUCGAAGCCGAGGUUGUCAGCGUCAACCGUGGAGGAGCUAUCUGCUUGGUCGAAGGACUCCGUGCCUUCCUUCCCGGAUCCCACUUGGCUGGAAAGAUGGCCACCGAGGAUUUGAUCGGACAAAAGCUUCCCCUCAAAUUCUUGGAAGUCAACCAAGAAAACAACAAAUUGGUUGUCUCCAACAGAAAGGCCGUUGUCGAAACUCAAAUGGCCGAUCUUUCCCGUGGAGAUUUGGUUGAGGGUGUUGUUCAGGCGCUCAAGCCUUACGGUGCUUUCAUUGAGGUCGGUGGUAUGUCCGGUCUUUUGCACAUUUCUCAGAUUUCGUACGACCGUAUCGAAGAUUUGGAACAAGUCCUUCAACCGGGCAUGGCUGUCAAGUGUAUGAUCAUCGAUCACGACAAGGUCAACGGACGCAUCGCUCUUUCCACCAAGACACUUGAACCUAACCCCGGUGACAUGCUGAAGGACUCCGCCAAGGUAUUUGAGAUGGCUGAAGACUCCGCAAAGAAGUACCACACCCAGAUGGAAGAAGAACGAAAGCAACGGGAGAGCGCUGCACGAGACAUCGUUCUCGGACUCGGUGAUUCGUUGGAUGGACUUGGUGACGACCUCAACGGAGGUGAUGCCCCUGCCGCCACAUCUGACCCUCUUGCGGAUGUUUCCGAUAGCCUUGACUCUCUUCUUUCGUAAGACAACGGAAGCUGGUUUUUACAGAUGUACAGAAUGGACCAAAUCUUCCUUUGUAGUGUGUUCUUGACUGACGACACAGACCAGGAAGCCAAAAGAACAGACUGUAUCGCGCCACACAAUGCCCACUUGUUGUGUGUCGCCUAAUACCAACAGUAAAUAGAAUGGAUGUGGCGCAGCAACACAAAUUGGCUCGCCCCACUCUUCGAACAACCAUCGCACACGCUUAUGCACACGCCCAUAAUAUGAAACUAAUAUAAAACCACUUUUGAA